GUGGAGCUCUAAGGUUUAGAGGAAGGGAAAUGCUUUGAAAUACUCUACGGACUGUGGUCGCCUGACCUGAUUAUUAACGUGUCUUUAUGUUCUUCAUUUUCACCAUGAUAAACAUCUUUGCCUACUCUUGUCUUCUUUCUGCUCUGAGUUUUGUGGAGAUGAAGAUUCUCAGCAUAAGAGGCUGUGUUGGGGAAAGAGUGACGUUCAAAUGCUCAGACUGGAACACUGUGCUUGAUGCAAGAUUUAAUGAUAAGUACUUUUGUAGAAGUCCAUGCACCGAACGCAAACACAUCAUCAUCAAAGCAGCAUCUGGAAAGACUACACAAGGAAACAGAAUGCAAAUAUUAAACAGAGGAAAUGAUUUAUCUGUGACCUUCACUAAUCUGAAAAAGUCUGACACUAACAUAUAUUACUGUGGAGUGAAGAGGAUUGGUCCUGAUCCAUGGAUAAAGGUGGUUCUUAAAGUUACAGAUGCUGCGUCUUACGGUCCCAAGAGAACUCCAGAAACAGUGGACACAUUUACAACUCUGCCACCAGCAGUGUCAAACAGCUCCACUCUGCCUUCAAACAGCUCAGAUAAUAUCACCGAUGUGUCUGCAUCGAACACGACCACUACGACAACUACUCCACCAGCAACACAAGAAGCCGGGAGCAUACCAUAUUUGAUCAUAGGUGUCAUUCUCUUAAUAACCUUACUGAUGGUGUUACUGAAGUUUAUGAGCAAGAAGAUGAUGAAACAACGGAAAGUUGUUUCAACAGCUGUAAUGCCACAGGAAGACGCACGAGAGGAAGCUGAAUAUGAUGAAAUCAGACAUGAAGAAGCGACUGACCCGGACAGCCUCUAUGCUAAUAAUUCCUUCCUCCAGGAUAUCGGAUCAGCAGCUGCUCGGUGUGAGACGGAUUCAAGGGGGGCGUGUGCAGAGAGCAGAGCCAACGUGCUGUAUUCUGUUGCUCAACUACCCAAAGACCAAAUGAAACCCACUGGGCAAUCACAGACAAAUCAAUCUGAAAGUGCCGGAAAUGACUCUUUCUACGACCUGGCUCAACUACCCCAGGCACCCUGAAGGAGGCCACUGUGGGAAAUGCAUACAAAGGAACUUUUAUGAUUAAACAUUUGAUUAGUUUUGAAUAAAACAGUAGACAUAUAAUGUAAUAUAGGACAUAUAUAAGGCAGGAUAGAAGAGUAAAUGAACAAGUUAGUAUCCGUACACAUGGUCCAGCCUUACUUAAAAAACAAGUGAGACAUCUAGAAAGAGUUGCGGUGUAUCUACCUCUGCUCCCAUCAUGGAUACGGUUCAACCGCAGAGCUCCUAUGAGAGGAAGACUUUUUCCCCAGAGGCAAAUCAAUAUAAAGUCCACAAAUAUUCCACUGUAACAACUCAAACUGCACUUUUUAAUAUACAUCUAU